AUGGCAUCUACUACUUGUAUAAAUAUUGAAACUCAUAGAGAUCCUAUAAAAGUCAACAGAACAGCAGUUGAAACAACAACUGAAGCACAAUCACCAAUAGAAGAAAUCACAGAACGAUUUCUGAUUGAAGUAAUAGAACUGAAUUCAGAUAAUCCAGAAAUUUAUUAUCCAGAAGGAGGAUUAAGAGCAUAUAGUGUAGUAUUAGGUUCAUUUAUUGGAUUAGUUGCUACUUUUGGUACUUUAAAUUCAGUGGGUGCUAUACAAACUUAUGUUUCAACUCAUCAACUUGCAGGUAUUAAAACAUCUACAAUAUCAUGGAUUUUUUCAAUUUAUAUUGCUCUUUCAUUUGCAAAUUGUAUGGUUGUUGGACCUCUAUUUGAUGUAAAAGGGGCUUUAUUACCAAUGCUAGUAGGAACAUUAAUGAUAUUUGGUGGAUUGAUGGCUGUUGCAAAUUGUACUACAGUGGUGCAAUUUAUUUUUGCAUUAUCUAUUUGUGUAGCUUUAGGGAAUUCAUUAACUAUAACUCCAUUAGUUGGUGUGAUUAGUCAUUGGUUUAAUUUGAAAAGAGGAAGAGCAUUGGGUUUAGCAACAAUUGGUGGAUCUGUUGGCGGUAUUGUAAUUCCAUUAAUGUUGGAAUCAUUAUAUGAUAAAGUUGGUUUUCCUUGGGCUAUUAGAAUAUUGGCAUUUUUUUGUUUAGCCUGUCAUAUCACAGCGAUUGUUUUGUGUCGUGAAAGAAUAUCCCUGACAGGUGUUACAACUCCUAAUAGUGAUGAUAGUACUGGUUGGAAGAAUAAUGAAUUAUUGGUUAGUUUAAUUCAAAUUAAAGAUCAAUUUGAGUUUAAAGCAUUAUUGGAUAUGAAAUACUUAUUCUGUAUAAUUGGCACUUUUUUCACUGAGAUUGCAUUAUUAUCUAUGGUUACUUAUUUGGCAACUUAUGCAAUUUCUAAAGGUAUGACGGAAUCAAAGUCAUAUAUUUUAUUAACCAUAUUCAAUGCAACUGGUGUGUUAGGAAGAUUGGUCCCUGGGAUAUUGGCUGACAAAUUUGGUCAUUUUAAUGUGAUGGUAUUAAUGUUGAUUGGAUUCUCCCUCUCAAUGUUGAUACUUUGGUUACCAUUUGGUUCAAAUCAUGGAGUUCUUUAUGCGUUCACGGCGAUAUGUGGUGUUUUCAGUUCUUCGAUUUUGAGUCUUACACCUGUCUGUUUAGGUGGAAUUACUCCAGUGCAUAAAUUUGGACAGAGGUAUGGUCUAUUAUACUUUUUUGUUAGUUUGGGUAACUUAUUUGGUAUUCCUGUUAGUGCUGCUAUCAUAGGUGAAGGUUCUUCCCACAAUUAUGACAUGUUUGCAUUAUUCUGUUGUAUAUUUGGGGUUGUGGGUACUUGUUGUUGGUACGUUAGUAGAUUCUUUAUAGUUGGUUGGAAGUUAAACGUAAGAGUAUGA